CCGUUCCAGAAAUUUGUAGUUAGGUCAGCCUCUAGCUCUCGCGUUUCGAUUUGCCGUGCUAACGGUGGGAGGCGGGCUUGCGUUUGGGUCACACUCCCACUGGUUGCUGGUGCGGCGGCGGUUUGGAGUGAGGGUAGCACGUUGAGCUGGAGGCUGUUCGGAGUGCGGUGGCCCAAAGCCUGACAACGAGCCCGGUGUCUGGUAGGAAUCCGGGAUUGAGCCAGGCCUGAGUCCCCGGGGGAUGGAUCGCGUGUGGAGUGCGUGGUGCGGAAAGUGCAUCAAAGAGAAAGGGUCGCCGCCACUCUGGGCCCAGCGCAUCGUGGUCGCCUGGCUCAGUAGGGCCGAGUGGGAUCAGGUGACAGUGUAUCUGUUCUCUGAUGACCAUAAAUUGCAGCGGUACGCGCUGAAUCGCAUCACCGUGUGGAGGAGCAGGUUAGGCAACGAACUCCCCCUGGCAGUGGCUUCUACUGCUGACCUGGUACGCUGUAAGCUCAUGGAUGUAACUGGUGGCUUGGGCACUGAUGAACUUAGACUGCUCUAUGGCAUGGCAUUGGUCAGGUUUGUGAACCUUAUCUCGGAGAGGAAGACAAAGUUUGCCAAGCUCCCUCUCAAGUUCCUGGCUCAGGAGGUGAACAUUCCAGAUUGGAUUGUUGAACUUCGCCAUGAGUUGACCCACAAGAAAAUGCCCCAUAUAAAUGACUGCCGCAGGGGCUGUUACUUUGUCCUGGAUUGGCUCCAGAAGACCUACUGGUGCCGCCAACUGGAGAACAGCCUAAGAGAGACCUGGGAGUUGGAGGAGGACAGGGAAGAGACAGAUGAAGAAGACCAAGAGGAAAAUAAGAACAUUGUCAUUGAUGACAUCACAGAACAGAAACCAGAGCCUAAGGUUGAGGAGAAAGGUGCAGAGCUGGAUGUUAAGGCUGAUGGAGACAGCGAAGGCAACAAAGAGGUUGAUCCGCAUUGGCAAAAGGCUCUGAGACAUAAAGAGUUGUAUGAAAGAGCCCGAGAACUGCUGGUAUCCUAUGAAGAGGAGCAGUAUAAGGUGUUGGAGAAAUUUAGAUAUUUACCUCAGGCCAUUAAGGCGUGGAAUAACCUGUCCCCACCUGUAGAAUGCAUCCUGGCAGAGCUCAAGGGCAUUACAUGGGAGAACAGGGAGGCUCUGCUAGAUGCUUUUCUGGAUGACGGCUUUCUCAUCCCCACAUUUGAACAGUUGGCAGCUUUGCAGUUAGACUAUGAAGAUGGGCAGACUGAGGUCCAGAGAGGGGAAGGUACUGACCCAAAGUCACACAAAAACGUGGACUUGAAUGAUGUCCUGGUGCCAAGGCCGUUCUCUCAAUUCUGGCAGCCCCUGCUCAGGGGCCUGCACUCCCAGACCUUCACGCAGGCCCUGCUGGAAAGGAUGCUCUCUGAGCUGCCAGCCUUGGGGGACACCGGGAUCCGGCCCACUUACAUCCUCAGAUGGACCAUUGAACUGAUCGUGGCUAACACCAAGACUGGACGGAACGCCCGCCGGUUUUCUGCAAGCCAGUGGGAAGCGAGGAAGAACUGGAGGCUAUUCAACUGCCCUGCCUCCCUUGACUGGCCCCAGGUGGUUGAGUCCUGCUUGGGCUCACCUUGCUGGGCCAGCCCCCAACUCCUUCAGCUCAUCUUCAAAGCCAUGGGGCAGGUCCUGCCAGACGAGGAGCAGGAGAAGCUGCUGCGCAUCUGUUCCAUUUAUACCCAGAGUGGAGAAAACAACCUGGUGCAGGAGGGCUCAGAGGCUUCCCCCAUUGGGAAGUCUCCAUACACACUGGACAGCCUGUAUUGGAGCCUCAAACCAGCUGGCUCGAGCUCUGGACCUGAAGGAGAAGCCCAGCAACAGGAGGAACAGGGCAGCCUUAAUGAUGCCAAGGAAGAUGAGAAGGAGAAGCAAGAGGCCUUGGAAGACCAGAUGGAAGAGGAUGAUGAAGAGGAGGAGGAAGAGGAAAAUGAUGACCAGAAGUGGGAGGAGGGGGAGGAAGGUGAUGAUGACGAUGACGAUGACGAUGACGACGACGACGACGAUGACGAUGACGACGAAGAUGAGGAGGAGGAAGACAGGAUGGAAGUGGGGCCUUUCUCUAUGGAGGAAGAGUCCCCCACUGCUGAGAAUGCCAGGCUCCUGGCCCAGAAAAGAGGAGCUUUGGAGGGCUCUGCAUGGCAAGUUAGCUCAGAAGAUGUACGAUGGGACACUUUCCCCUUAGGCCGAAUGCCAGGUCAGACCGAGGACCCAUCAGAGCUUAUGCUGGAGAAUUAUGACACCAUGUAUCUUUUGGACCAGCCAGUGUUAGACCAGCGGCUGGAACCCCCAAAAUGCAAGACUAGCACCCUGGGCCUGAGCUGCAGCAUUGGCAGUGGCAACUGCAGCAACGGCAGCAAUGACGGCGGCAACUUGGACGGCCUUCUCUGGAGCCAGGACCAGCUGCAUGGGCUCAAAAGUGGCCUACAGCUCUUCUGAUGCCAGCCCUGGUGCAGGUGUUCAUCCAGUGCUACUGGGGCAACAGCCCACUCUCCCCCACUCCCCCAGUGCACCUAAUGCUCCAGAAAACAAGCUGGGAGACAGCCUGCAUCAGCCAUAUCAGCUCAGCUUUCAAAAUCACAGUAGGAUCCAAAAUCACAGUAGGUUUUUGAAUAUGUUUUGUUUUGUUUAGCUUUGUUUCAUCUUGUUUUUUGUUUUGAAAAACAAUAAACAGGCAACUGUUCUGGUGUUUGUGAGA